CUUCCUCUUCUCUUGUCUUCUCUUCUCUUCUCUUCUCUUCUCUUCUCUUCUCUUCUCUUCUCUUCUCUUCUCUUCUCUCUCUCUCUCUCUCUCUCUCUCUCUCUCUCUCUCUCUCUCUCUCUCUCUCUCUCUCUCUCUCUCUCUCUCUCUCUCUCUCUCUCUCUCUCUCUCUCCCUCUCCCUCUCCCUCUCCCUCUCCCUCUCUCUCCCCUCUCUCUCUCUCUCUCCCUCCCUCUUCCUCCUCCCACCACCAUGUCCGGCCUGCAACACAAACCAUCCGCACGCUACCGCCCGGUCGACUGGUUCCGCCACAACACCCAGCUGGCUGAGGUGACUCGCACACAACUGGACGCUGGCCACGGGGCGCGGCAGAGCGCUGGAAGGGCGGUCAAUGAGGCGGCCAUACGCACGGCCUGGGACCAGCACCACUCCUGUACUCGGCUGCGGGACAGGCUGAGUGAGGUCGAACACUGGAAGCUGCACCUGGAGCAGUCAGUAGCCGCUGUCGAUGACGAGAUGGCCGCUCUCUGGCGCGCCAAAACGGCCGCGGAGGACGAGCGGGAGGCGCGCCAUUUCGACCUGGAGACGGCCCAGGCGGCUCUGGCGCAGCGCGAGGGACGCCUGCGGCUCGAGGUGGUCAGGGACGACGUGGAGGAGACGCUCAAACAGGAGGUGGACGCGGUGUCAGAGUUCCGCGCACACCUGCAGCAGCGCGCCGAGCAGAGUUUCGAACAGCUCUGCCGGCUGGCCGACGCCCGCCAGGCCCUGCUGGACGACAUCGCCGCCAAACAGGGAGCCCUGCAUGUCGACCUGUCCAGCCUGGCGCUGACCACCGAGAGCGCCGAGAUCGGCUUCAAACCGGACCCACUGCGCGUGCCCCGCGACUCGGUGACGGUGCCACGCUGGGAGGACAGCUGCCGGGAGAAGCUGGCAGCUGCCGACUACCAGCUGCAGCAGUCGCGUCAGCUGCGGGCCGCUGACGCCGACACGGUGGUGCGCGGUCAGAACCGACUGGAGGGCUGUCACGCGGCGGUACAGUUCGCGGCUCGGCGCCGACAGCACGAGCUGCAGCAGGCUCACGACGAGCUGCAGUGGCAGCGGGGACAGGUAGCCGACGAACUGGCCGAGACGGAGCACGAAAUCAGCCGGGUGGAGGCUGCACUACGGGACAAGGACCCGUACCGGCGGCUGGCAGAGACGCGGCUGGAGCGUCGGACCGAGCGGCCGCUAACGGAGAGGGUGUACGACCCGCCGUGGAGCGCCCUGAGAGCCGAGACCACCGCCGUCCAGGAGACGCAGGGUGAGCUGCGUCAGCAACUGUCGCAGCUCUGGGAGACGGCCCACCGUCUGCGCCGUCACCUGGCCAGACUCGACGACAACAUCAGCGGCAAGGCGGCGGCGCUGGGCGUGGAGCGCGCCUGCGCAGAGACACACGGCCGCAGCCGGCCGCCGCCGCUGGUCAGAACCAGGUCCCACCUGGAUAAGGUACUGCUGCUAAAGCCAGAGACGGUCACCCACGACCGAGCUGCCACCUACCAGGUCACUCCCGAACUGCUACCGGGCAAACUGACGUCACAGGAGUGCACCUAUGGCUGUAGCUGCAGAGGCACCGAACAGUGACGUCAUACCGGGCAGAAUGACGUCACAGGAGUGGACCCAUGGCUGCAGCUACCGGGGUAACGGGCAGUGGCGUCCUACCCGGCAAAUUGACGUCGCAGGCUGAGCUAGGGCCGGUCUGAACACUGAACAAUGAUGUCACCGAGGACCAACUGACGUCGCAGGAGCCCACCAAUGAUGUGGGCAUCUUCAUUUGGAAGAUGUUUGUUGUGGAUUUUGUACUGCCGUUAUGUGCCUCUUCUGUUCUUGAUUCGUCUGUAGCUUCUCUUUUGCGUUGCUCUCUAACCGCUGAUCAUUCCGGGUUCAAGUAUAGGUAGGUAUUGGGUGUGUUCGCAAUAACUGUGCGACUAUCGUAGCAAUGUUGCCAUAUAAUCUUCCAGCGUGCGUAUCCUAACGAACCAUUUCCUCUCAGUUCGCUAACAUGCGCGUCCUAAAACAAAUGCAGCACGAGUUAGCGAGUUAACUGGAUAAUUGGGUUGGUAACAGCUGUACUGACACCGCCAUAUCCUCGCGCAGACACUGCCAUGAAAAGCUAUGUAGAACAAUAUCGCUUUAUGCUACUACGAUGUACGGUAGAGGGGUGUCACUAGGCGUGUUGACUGUCAAAAUAAGUGUUACGUGUAGCUGAUGCACGCUUCACCUCUGCUGGUUGAUCCGUGUAAAAGCAUGCACUGGUUGAUAGCAAUCAUGUACGAGCAAUCCAUAGAAGUUAGCCAAGCAGCCUUCGUAAAAUGAACCUAGUCCCCGUUAAAUAACCAAGCAUCAUCCCUUGGUCUGUAUCCCAGUGCGCUACAAAAUGAGUCAGCCAUCGUUUGUACAUUGAGCACGUACAAAUAUAUUAUCACUCAGAACACAGA